AUGGAAAUGCAGGACCUAGCAAGUCCUCACACUCUUGUUGGAGGUAGUGAUACUCCUGGUAACUCCAAACUGGAUAAAUCUAAUCUCACCAGCACAUCAGUCACUACAAAUGGGACAGGAGGGGACAACAUGACUGUUUUAAACACAGCAGACUGGUUGCUGAGUUGCAACACCCCCUCUUCUGCAACAAUGUCUCUUCUUGCAGUCAAAACAGAGCCCUUGAACAGCAGUGAAACCACAACCACGACUGGAGAUGGAGCGCUUGACACUUUUACUGGGUCAGUCAUAACAAGUAGUGGCUACAGCCCUCGAUCGGCACAUCAAUAUUCUCCACAGCUGUAUCCUUCCAAGCCCUAUCCACACAUUCUUUCUACACCAGCAGCUCAAACAAUGUCUGCCUACGCAGGCCAGACUCAGUAUUCGGGGAUGCAGCAGCCAGCCGUCUACACAGCCUACUCACAGACAGGACAACCCUACAGCCUGCCCACUUACGAUUUGGGUGUGAUGUUGCCAGCGAUCAAGACGGAGAGUGGACUUUCCCAAACUCAGUCCCCAUUACAAAGUGGCUGCCUCAGUUACAGCCCAGGGUUUUCCACCCCCCAGCCAGGCCAGACACCUUAUUCCUACCAAAUGCCAGGUUCUAGUUUUGCACCAUCAUCUACUAUUUAUGCAAAUAAUUCAGUUUCCAAUUCAACGAAUUUCAGUGGUUCACAACAGGAUUAUCCAUCCUACACAGCCUUUGGCCAAAACCAGUAUGCACAGUAUUAUUCAGCAUCAACAUAUGGGGCGUAUAUGACAUCAAAUAACACAGCCGAUGGCACAUCAUCUUCAGCCUCAACUUACCAGUUGCAGGAAUCUCUCCCAGGACUGACGAACCAACCAGGUACAGAUCUUCACCCAGGAGAGUUUGAUACCGUGCAGAGCCCCUCCACUCCCAUCAAAGAUCUUGACGAGAGAACUUGUAGGAGUUCUGGGUCAAAGUCCAGAGGAAGAGGCCGGAAAAACAAUCCCUCUCCACCUCCCGAUAGUGACCUGGAGCGUGUGUUUGUCUGGGAUUUGGAUGAAACCAUCAUUGUUUUUCACUCACUGCUCACAGGGUCUUAUGCACAGAAGUAUGGCAAGGACCCCCCCAUGGCUGUUACCCUUGGACUCCGCAUGGAGGAAAUGAUUUUUAAUCUUGCUGAUACACAUUUGUUUUUUAACGAUUUAGAGGAGUGUGAUCAAGUUCAUAUAGAUGAUGUUUCCUCUGAUGAUAAUGGGCAGGACUUAAGUACCUACAGUUUUGCAACUGAUGGCUUCCAUGCAGCUGCAAGUAGUGCAAACCUUUGUUUGCCAACAGGUGUAAGAGGAGGGGUUGACUGGAUGAGGAAGUUGGCUUUUCGUUACAGAAGAGUAAAAGAAUUAUAUAACACCUACAAGAACAAUGUCGGAGGACUCCUUGGCCCUGCCAAGAGGGACGCAUGGCUGCAAUUAAGGGCAGAGAUUGAAGGUCUGACAGAUUCCUGGCUAACAAAUGCACUCAAGUCUUUAUCAAUUAUUAGCACUAGGAGUAACUGUGUAAAUGUCUUGGUAACGACAACCCAAUUGAUCCCAGCACUGGCAAAAGUUCUACUCUAUAGUUUAGGAGGUGCUUUCCCCAUUGAGAAUAUUUACAGUGCAACUAAAAUAGGAAAAGAAAGUUGCUUUGAACGAAUAAUGCAAAGGUUUGGCAGAAAAGUAGUGUAUGUUGUAAUUGGGGAUGGUGUAGAAGAAGAACAGGCAGCAAAAAAGCACAACAUGCCCUUCUGGAGGAUAUCCAGUCACUCAGACCUCCUGGCUCUCCAUCAAGCACUGGAAUUAGAGUAUUUGUAACUGUGUUCUCUAACUGGAGAUCCAUUUUUUUAUAUAUGUAUUUCAAGUACACUGAAUUUUUAUGUGUGAUUCAAUGCCUCUGGCUCGACACAUAUAAAUUGUCUUAAAGGAUGAAAUCAUAUUUGGAAUGAAAAUUCCAGAAGGAAGAAUUCAGAUUGCUGAAUGGAAUUAAACUUUAGUACUACAAAAAGGAAACUCUAUGGUCUUAUAUUUACAACACUUUAAUGGUUUUUAAAAGAAUGUGUGGAGGUUGCUGGUACACACGGAGUGAGUCCUAACUGGAAUGAACAGCUUUAGCAAAGAACUCUUACCCUGGCAAAGCAGCAACACACAUGCUCCGUCUGACAAGGUGGUCAACAACAUUCCUCAAAAUGGGAGAUCUUCUCAGCCCUGAGGUUUGAAACUGACUUUAACCUACCUAGCCCAGAAAAUCUGAAUUGGAAUGCACUCAGACUGUAUAAGGACAGUCCUAUCUAGACCUGUAAUUUGUGUAAAUUAUUGAUGAAAAUAAUUUACUGUGACUUUAUUAGCAGCUGACUUUGACAGUGGAUGCAAUUUUUCUUUCAUUUGUUGGGGAGGGGAGUGGGAGGGGAAAUGGGAAUAUAUUGUCUCUUUUUUAAGUUUGGCAAACAGAAUGUUCAUACUGAUGUGUUGUGCCUUAAAGACAAGACAGCGUUUGUGUGUUACAGUGUAACUUUGGUUAAAAUCUCUGUAGAUAAUGAACAACAAAAACCUUUGUGAUAAUUCUUAACAAUGACCAAAUUUGAAAUUCAAGAUAUCAGAGCUUAAUACUGCAUCAAGCAAGAAACAGAGUUCUUGUUGCAAUAAGAAAACAGUAACAACAAUAAAGGAAAGCUUGUGUUUUAUUUGGGCUCUUAAUAAUUCCAAUAUUGUGUGAGGCAACUAUUUGUGCAUCCAACCAUAAGCAGAAGGUUUGGGAAAGACUGUGGGACCUUUACUUAGAAAGCAAAAUGUAUGUAGAAGUCUCAAAUACCCCUUCUGCAGUUUUACUGGAGAAAACUAAGAGCCAUAUUCAUGACGACUUGCAGUCUUGGGUUGGAGACUUUUUGAUAUGUGUAAGUUGCAUAGAGGAAAAUAUUGUCUUGCAGAUCAUAAGCAAUUAUCACCCAAACUUUAAAAAAAAUGUUGUGGGCAUGGCUUAAAAUUCACAUUGAGUGAACGUGGCUUAAAAUAAAGCUUAGCAUGUUUAUUCUCAAUGCCAUUACAAAAAAUGAUAUGUCCUCAGUAAUGGAAGGCCUAAGUCCCUGAUGGCUUCUGGUGAAGGAAGUGAGUCCUUGAAAAUUUCACCUAGAAUAUCAUCAUAAAUUAGAUUAGCAAGUGAGUUGGAUCUUGGCAAUGUUACUGAAACCACAACAGUAAAAUAAGUACCUGGUUCUCCAUCUGAACACAUCAAUGCAGGUUCUCUUCAUAUGACAAACCUGCGUGUAUUAGUUUUUACCUGUACUGUCACUGCACAGUGGAUGCAUUCAUUGUUGGGAGAACCUGUCAUAGCUGUGUUUGCAUGGUUUUUCCCUUGUGUGUAGCCCAUGUUAGAAACACGAUGCAGGUUCUCCUGUCAUUUCCUAUGACAUGAUUUCCUUUGUGGAAAUUUAAGACUUCAAGAUCUAGGGUAUUUUAAUGGUGUCUGCACCUGCAGUUCUGUGUUUAAAAUGUUAUAACGUGGAUCCUGGAGACAGGCUGCUAGUCAAUACUCAUAACCAGAGGCUGCUGCUUGUUAGUUCAUCAACUGAAGCGUCUUUGGACUAAAUAGGGUCUGUAUUUUGCUCACAGAUCGUGAAAUUCACCAUGGAAAUAUGAUUUUAUUUCUUCAGGCUAUAAAUCUGUAUUUCUUUCCUGAAUGCAAAGGCCAUGUUUACGUUGGGCAGAAAGACAUUGAGAUCCCAAGUUUGCAUAAGAUUGUGAUUUCAUCACAUAAACCUUAAACUUAUUCUUUAAAUUGUGUAGAUUUUGGCUACCUCUGCCCCAAGUACUGUUCCAGACAAAUUAGGUUGUAAUAUUUUUUAAAAAUAACAAUAACAAUAAUAAAUCAUACACUCUUUUGGCCUUUAGCUUGAAAAUAGUUUUAAAAAUUAAAGUGUUGCAUUGAUUUUCAGUACUUAAUUAUUUUGUACACUCAAACCUUAGAUAUUUAUCACUGUGAAUAAAAUUAAAUUAUCUUUAUGGGAUAGCCAGUAGCUUUAAAUGAUGGAAUUGUGGCUUACAUCUAAAUUUUUAAUUAUCUUUCAUAUCAAACAAGCCAAGUUUUUUAUGCUGCUAACCCUGCAGAUGCAGAAAGAAACAGCAUCACCCAGUGCUGUUUCUCACACAUCUUUCUUUCUGAUUUUGUGUUCAGAAGAGGCUGCCAGCGUAAUCUCUAGGUUGAUGGGGAUCAGCCGAACAAAAAAUCCUCUUCCUUUCUCAUCUGAAAAACAAGAAACAAACCAACACACAAAAAACCACCCCCUUCGGCAACUCCCACCUUGUAUUUACUUAUAGAAUACUGUGCCUUAUUGUAAACCAGUUUCAAAAAUGUUCUGUAACUAGAAUGGGUUUUUGGCUACUACAUAUACAAACUUGGUGUCGUCCUAAGAAAGAAAACCACCUUGUGUCGCACCUUUAAAAUAUCAAGACCAUGUCAUUUCAGUAACAAAAUAGGUGACCUGGCUGCAAUAUUACAGCGUACGAUUAAGACAUUAUUAAACCCCUGCAAAAAGUCGCAAUCAAAUUCAGAGGCGAAAACAAUAUUAUAGAAUCAUACAGUUUGUGCACAAAAAGUAGGGAAUAAUCAUCUCUACCUUUUUUUUCUUAGUCUGCAGUGAGCUAAGAUUCAAAGUAGUGUCCACAGCAUGUUCCAGUAUGAAGCUGUUGUUUUAAAGCAUAUUUGUUUAUGACAAGCCUAUGUUCUCAGUGAAUAUGGCAUUUAGUCUUUCUUUCAAAAACAGACUUCAGAAUCAUGAGCCAAAGUUGCAUUUUGACUCCCAACUAUGGUAGUAUUAUAGAAAUUUCACAAAGUCAAGGGUUUCUAUUAUGUAUUAGUAAAAUAUAGAUUAUCGGGGCCUACAUAAUUUAAAGAAAUGUAAAUUAAUAUUAAAAGCUUGUAAAAAUAUGUACAUCUUUACUAUUUCUCAAUAAAUUACCUUUGCAAAUGUU